AUGUCAGAGAAUGAACGAACUAGUCUCCCCCUUAUAGCCGACCUACUCUCCAACCCUACCAACAAUGCUCCGGCUCUCGCCCAGACCCUAGCGAUUCUCUUCGAACCAACCCCGGUCCUCUACUCCCACCUCCUCCCGCAGCUGGUCACCUAUCUCAACGCCUUCCGUAUCACGACCUACUCCGAAUUAAUCGACGCUUCGGUAUCGAUCAUUCAGUCUUGGGAUUGCGGUUUGCAAGCGCAGUUCAUCGCGGGGCAUCCUCGGAUUGGCGAGGUCGGCGGCUUGUCCAAGCUUAGCGCGGCCGAGCAGGCGACCAAGGCGACCUCGCCGGCCGUCUUGGCCCGCUUGGCGCACCUCAACGCCUGCUACGAACAUGUAUAUCCUGGGCUGCGGUACAUCACUUUCGUGAACGGCCGGACCCGCGCGGAAGUGCUCGAGGAGAUGGAGGCUGCGCUUGGACUGAGGCAUUCCUUACUGCCGGAUCAGCCUCCGAUAGCGGAACUGCAGGUCGUGUCGACGGACUCGAAUGAAUGGGUCAGCGAGAUGCAACGCGCCGUCGUGGACGUAGGCAGGAUUGCGAAGAGCAGAGCGUCGUCACUGGGCGGUCAAUGAAGCCGCGGACGGAUAUCAUAAGAGUAACCCCAGGCGUUGCCCUAUGUACCGACUACUAUCAAAAGGCGAUAAGCGCCUGAUACACUUGUAGGGGCCAUGAUUCUAUACAUAGACAGCUGACCUUCAUAAAUUGAUGCGGAGGACAUGCUCAUCAACUCUGUCACGAUCCCCGCUUGCCAAAAAUAGCACAGAUGCAGAAAAGCCGCCGCGCACGCUGGCUGCUCCCUCCCAUCGACAUGUUAGAUCUGGUCCGGAACACGCACGGCAUCCCAGCUACGACUUCACGCUGUCCGAGACUGUCAUGCAGCACAUUCCGCGAUGAUAGCGAGCUGGACAUGCCAGUGUUCGCCGACCAGUGCCGAACAGCGCUGAGAGGAUAAAAGGCGAGAAGGGGGCGCGGUGGGGCGUAAGGAUCGUUCUCAUCCACAAUGAAGCUGACACAAGGUCUCUUCACAAUCGUAUCCGCGCUGUUGCUCGCCAACGCUGUGUUGGCCACACCGUACGCCCUUCCCGAGCCCAUCCCAUGCUGCCAGCCGCUGCCGGGAAAGACGACCUGCUCGAGCAACAGCGGACCGCGCUGCUCUGGAUGCUGCCUUGAAUGAUUCCAUGAAACCGGAAUACGCGCGUUAGGAACAAUUUGACGUGGAGGCGGACGGUUGUGGCUGGUCAAUGCUGCAUUCCGGGAGAGAUUCAGAUAAAACACGGACGGGAGGCGUGAUGUCGCUAGCAAUCUCGAGCAUGAGCGCUGCAGAUAGGUAUUACUUUGAAUGGAACGACAAUUACUAUCACCG